UCUCUGCUACCCUUUCUCUCGGCGGUGGGUCGGAGCCGCUGUCCCUGGCCUCGCAUGUUCCCCUCUAAAUUCCUGUUUUGAAGUUGAUGCCCCUCUUGUAGAUUCGCUCCAUUUACACGCCUCUGAAGGGCCGUAGUUGGGCGUCCGUACACCGGUGUCUUAUUUGUCCCAGUAUUUGGCGUUUAGAGACUUUAACCCAAACAUGGCCGUGGUGAGCGGAUCGUCUGGGCCGGUUGCCCGGCUCGAGGGCCGUGAAUUCGAAUACAUGAUGAAGAAGCGCUCGGUGACCAUCGGCCGGAACUCGUCUCAGGGCUCUGUGGACGUGAGCAUGGGCCACUCCAGCUUCAUCUCGCGGAGGCAUCUGGAGAUAUUCACCGCCAGCGACGACGGCACCGGCAGCGGCGAUUUCUACCUGAGGUGUCUCGGUAAAAACGGGGUGUUUGUAGACGGAGUGUUCCUCAGACGGGGCGCCCCUCCUCUGCAGCUACCACGAAUGUGCACUUUCAGGUUCCCCAGCACAAACAUCAAGAUCACAUUCACAGCCCUGUCCAGUGGGAAGAAAGUGAAGCGCGAAGCUCCAGAGUCCCCAGUGAAACCAGUACAGCCCCAGAUCUCCCCCCUGACCAUCAACAUUCCAGACAACAUUGCUCACCUAAUGAGCCCCUUGCCGUCGCCUACUGGCACCAUUAGUGCUGCUAACUCGUGCCCCUCCAGCCCGCGGGGCGCGGGCUCUUCAGGCUACAGGAUGGGUGGUCGCAUGGUCAGCUCUGCAGAGCUGCAGCUUAUAAACGACAACUCCCAGCCUGAGAAUGACAAAGAGGCCUCCGGAGGGGACAGUCCCAAGGACGACUCCAAACCUCCGUACUCCUAUGCACAGCUGAUAGUCCAGGCCAUAACACUGGCUCCGGACAAGCAGCUCACACUAAACGGAAUCUACAAUCACAUCACAAAGAACUACCCUUACUACAGGACUGCAGACAAGGGCUGGCAGAACUCGAUCCGUCACAAUCUGUCUUUGAACCGUUAUUUCAUCAAAGUGGCGCGGUCGCAGGAGGAACCGGGCAAAGGCUCGUUCUGGAGGAUAGACCCGUCCUCAGAGGGCAAGCUCAUCGAGCAGGCCUUCAGGAAACGAAGGCCCCGGGGCGUCCCCUGCUUCAGGACCCCACACGGACCCCUCUCCUCCAGGAGUGCGCCGGCGUCUCCCAAUCACUCGGGGGUGCUCUCUGCUCACUCCAGCGGCGUCCAGACCCCCGACAGCCUAUCACGGGAGGGCUCCCCGGUUCCCCUGGAGCUGGAGACCUCUGCUCCCACCCCGGUGUCCACCACAGUGGUCCAGCCCAAGCUGGCAGUCAUCCAGGAAGCACGCUUUGCACAAAACACACCAGGCUCGCCUGUUAACAACCAGCCGGUACUCAUAGCAGUCCAGCGUCAGUUACCUCAAACCAUGAAGCCAGUGACCUACACCAUGGCCUCCCCAGUGAGCACCAGCACCUCCCAGCCUGCUGUCCAGACUGUCCACGUCCUGCAGCAGAUCCCGGCAGGGUCCCUCAGCCCCGCCGCCGUCAUCGCCCAGCCAGCCACCAUCCUCAAGAGUGAGCCGCAGGAGAACGGAGAGCACACAGAGGUCAAAGUCAAAGUGGAGACAGUUCCCACCAUCACCUCUAUAGGCGGCUCCAGUCGCAUCAUCCAGAGCUCCCAGUCAGCCACGCCCCUGCAGACUGUUACCAUAGUGCAGCAGGCCCCCAUGGGUCAGCACCAGCUGCCCAUUAAGGCCAUCACACAGAACGGCACCCACAGCAUCACCACUGCCAUCCAGGGACCCGCCAGCUCAGCUCCAACUGUGGCGAGCCCCCUCCACCUGCUGGCGGCCCACGCCUCGGCCUCGGCCUCCCUCCCCACCAAACGGCAGAACGGGGACCAGCCGGCCAGCGAACAGCCGGACGCCAAGCGCACCAAAACAGAGGAGGCGGCGGCCCCGGCCUCUUUGACCCCAGCUGUCGCAGCAGACUCAGACUCGUCGGCAGCGAGCGACCAAGGCGGCCACCUCAACUAGUCUGUACAACCACACAUACACACACCACACCACACCCACCCCACCACCACUUUCUCCUCCUUUUCUCGUCCCUGUCGUUUGUUUUGUAACUCCUCCUUCUGCCACUGACUCCAGAGGUGCCAAAUGGAGAGGAUUCUUUUCAUUUUCAGUUUGGGUUAUCUGUUCUAGAGCAUCGAAAGGAAAAAAAAAAAUUAUGUCCACCCCUUUAAAGACUGAGAACAAAAUAAAGAAACGGGACAAAGAUGAACUCAUAAGGUGUCCCCUGUGAGCCACUGAAACAGGAGAGUGACUAAACCAAGACCACAGGAAGCCUUAACAACAAUUAACCCUUAAAAGCUGACCUUUGACCUCACGUGGUCCAGCGGGGAGAGACCCUGACUCAGCUCGGCCUGGAUGCCACCUUUCUGUCGCAUCUACCUCAGAGCAGAUAGGAGACUCCGGCAGCCAGCAGACAACGUCCUCCCCGGCCCGAGACCAGCCGAGUGACGAGUGUGACGAGCGUUCAAUGGUUGAAAAUAAAAUAAAUAAAAUAAAUAAAUAACUAAACGGUCAACGCGUUCAGAAAGGGAUCAACUCGGAGCCAAUAUUCCUGAAACUCUGGCAGCUAGCCUCUCACAAUACUGACCUUCCUUUAUCGCAGCUGUACGUAGAUAUGCAGUAUUUUGUUGUUCAAGAUGUGGAGCAUAGGACUUUUUUUAAUGUAUUUUCAUUUACCUAGAUAAGUAAUAAUUUAAUUAAAGGAAGAGUACAAAAUGGUGAGGUCGGUGACAUUUCGGAAACUGAGUUAGAAAUCUCACGUUUUUUAUGUGGACUUCCUUUUCUGUUCGGUGAAACUGUAAUAGUUUUCGUAACGUUUGUUUCUUUCCCCCUCGUUCUGACAUAUCCAUAUGAAAUUGCUUCGUUAUACCUACAUAUUUUAAUACUUGCACAGAUAACUGAUAUAAGCAUAUGAAAUCUCCAUGUGUAGUUCCAGGUGUUGACCUUGCAUGUAUCCGACAGAGAAGUUGUUAACUGUAAAUUGAACAGAGGAAAAAAGACCUGCUUUUGUCCAAACCAGACCUGCACUUGAUUAAAUGUUUGUUUUCAUUUCCCUCCUUCUCCUUCUUCUUCUUCUUCUUUGUCUUUUUUGGUUUCCUCCCACCACCCUCCUCCUCCUCGUCCCUCCCGGCUGUGUUGACGUUGUGGUGUUGGCAGACCCCCCCCACCCCCCGCCCUACUUUUUGCUUGAUUAUUUUACUUUGCUCUGGCGACCUGGCGAGUCUGUUUUCUGAUUGUACACGUUCCAAACAAUAGAAAAAGAAAAAAAUUGAUGUUUGUUCUGCUUCAGUGGAGAAAUGCUUUUUUUUCUUU